GCAGAAGAAGGCCCAGCCAUGUGACAUGGAAUUCUGGAUCCUCUUUCCUUCUUUGACAAUCCUGGAAAGACUGAUGUGAAGCCUGCAGCUUCUGAAGGUGCCAACCACCAAGAGCAGCAUGGAGCUCUUAUAUACAAACUCCUUCUAGCAGGUGUGAAUGUUGCAUCCUUCCUCUUGGGUUUACAAUUCUCUCCUCAGUCUCAGUCACUGCCUUAGUGUACCACUAAGAAGUGCAGCCCACUUCUCCCCUCCACCUCCUCCUUUCCAUCAUGAUGACAUCACCCUGGGGAAGAGAAGCAGUGCAGAGCUUCUCACUCCCAGGAAAGCCUCUUCUCCGCCAAGACCAUGAAGCUCUGUGUGGCUGUCCUCUCUCUCCUUGUGCUAGUGGCUGCCUUCUGCUCUCCAGCGCUCUCAGCACCAACGGGCUCAGGCCCUCCCACUGCCUGCUGCUUCACUUACAUCCCAUGGAAACUUCCUUGCAACUUUGUGAUGGAUUACUACAAGACCAGUAUCCUUUGCUCCCAGCCCACCACGGUAUUCCAACCCAAAAAGGGCAGACACGUCUGUGCCAACCCCAGUGAGGCCUGGGUCCAGGAAUACAUGAAUGACUUGGAACUGAACUGAGCCACUCCAGGGACAGGGGCAGCAGGUCUCCAGGAAAGGUACCUGAGCCUGACACUUCUCACUGAGACACACCCUCUCCAUGU